UGCCAAACUGCGCAUGCGUGCAAUUACUUCCUUAGCGCACAUGUGGGACACUCACCACCCGGGUCAACUGCUUUCCAACUUUGCAGAUCCUUCCAGGGUUUGAGACGACUUUGUUUUGGGGUGAAAACACCGGUUAUGGCUGUGGUAAGAUUCUAUAGCAGAGAGGCUGUGAGGGGGCGGGCCUUACAGAGGGCUGCCCAUCUCUACCCCAAGCUGUCAAUAAUCGGAGAAAUUUGCUACAAUGUGGAACUGACGGGCUGUGAGAGCCUCAGUGCAAAGGAUAGGGAGGUUCUGCUGUGGCUCUUCCAGUCCCCCGUCCAGGCAGGACCGCUCUCGGAGAAGCCUUUCUUGACGGAGGAGAAGGGGCAGCGGUUGGUGGAGAUUGGGCCCAGGUUGAACUUCUCCACGGCGUGGUCCACCAACGCCGUGUCCAUUUGCCAGAGUGUCGGCCUGGGGGCCGUCACACGGGUGGAGCCGUCUCGCCGACUCCUCAUCAAGCCACGGGACGGAGCGGGUCUGGAUGACCUGGACGGAGAGGUGGAGCAGCUGAUCGGGGGUCUGUACGACAGCAUGACGGAGUGCCUCUACCAGCAGUCCAUCAGCUCCUUCUCCGUUGAUGCCAAACCCCAGGCGGUGUUUGAGGUGGACAUCCUUGGCCAGGGACGGGCCGCCCUGCAGGAGGCCAACGAUGACCUGGGUUUGGCCUUCGACUCCUGGGAUCUCGACUUCUACACCGCCAUGUUUCAGAGGGUGAAGCGCAACCCCACCAGCGUGGAGUGCUUCGACCUGGCCCAGUCCAACAGUGAGCACAGCCGCCACUGGUUCUUCCGGGGUCGGAUGGUGAUCGAUGGCCAGGAGCAGAAGGACACCCUGUUCAGCCUCAUUAUGGACACCCAGCGCCAUAGCAAUCAGAACAACGUCAUCCAGUUCUGCGACAACAGCAGUGGGAUCAGCGGGAGAGAGGUGGAGUGUGUGUACCCCACCGACCCCUCCCAGGCCAGCCGGUACGAGACACGCCGCUCCCUGAGGCAUGUCGUCUUCACCGCUGAGACCCACAACUUCCCUACCGGAGUCUCUCCGUUCAGCGGCGCCACCACAGGAACGGGCGGCCGGAUCCGGGACGUUCAGAGUGUGGGGCGGGGCGGCCACGUCAUCGCCGGCACGGCGGGAUACUGCUUUGGAAACCUUCACAUCCCAGGCUACAGUCUUCCCUGGGAGAGUGAGGGGGAGGGCUGGGAGUACCCGCCCAGCUUCGCCCCCCCCCUGCAGGUGGCCAUCGAGGCCAGCAACGGAGCGUCCGACUACGGCAACAAGUUCGGAGAGCCCGUCCUAUCUGGUUUCGCCCGUUCGUUCGGCAUGCGUCUGGCCAGCGGGGAGCGCAGAGAGUGGAUCAAGCCCAUAAUGUUCAGCGGCGGCCUGGGCGCCAUGGAGGACACGCACAUCAAGAAGGAGGCGGCGGAGGCCGGGAUGGAGGUGGUGAAGAUCGGGGGGCCGGUGUACCGGAUCGGUGUGGGGGGAGGAGCGGCCUCCUCUGUGCAGGUUCAAGGGGACAACUCCAGUGCUCGUGACCUGGGCGCGGUCCAGAGAGGCGACGCUGAGAUGGAGCAGAAGAUGAACCGGGCCCUGCGGGCCUGCCUGGAGAGGGGCCAGGGGAACCCUAUCUGUAGCAUCCACGACCAGGGCGCCGGAGGAAACGGUAACGUGCUCAAGGAGCUGAGUGAGCCUGCAGGAGCCAUCAUCUACUCCAGUCGCUUCAAGAAGGGGGACCCCACCCUGAGUGUCCUGGAGCUCUGGGGGGCCGAGUACCAGGAGAGCAACGCCCUGCUGCUCCGCCCAGGGGACCGGCCCUUCCUGGAGACGGUGUGUCGGAGGGAGAAGUGUCCCGUGGACUUUGUAGGGAACAUCACUGGAGACGGAAAGAUCGUUCUGGUGGACGAGGAGGGUGGGGAUGCAGCCAGCAGGGGGCGCUGUCCCGUGGACCUGCAGCUGGAGUGGGUCCUGGGCAAGAUGCCCCAGAAGGAGUUUGUGAUGGAGCGAGUGGCCCCGGCCCUCCAGCCCCUGGUCCUGCCCCCUGGGCUGACGGUCCGCGAUGCCCUGGACCGGGUCCUUCGACUGCCCUCCGUAGCCUCCAAGCGCUACCUGACCAACAAGGUAGACCGCUCGGUGACUGGACUGGUUGCCCAGCAACAGUGCGUCGGUCCACUGCACACCCCGUUGGCUGACGUCGCCGUUGUCGCUCUGUCUCCGUUCGGCCUGGAGGGGGCGGCGACUGCCAUUGGAGAGCAGCCAAUCAAGGGCCUAGUCUCGCCGGAGGCGGGGGCUCGCAUGGCUGUGGGAGAGGCUCUGACCAAUCUGGUAUUUGCCAAAGUCACAGAACUGAAGGAUGUGAAGUGUAGCGGGAACUGGAUGUGGGCUGCCAAGCUUCCCGGGGAGGGCUCCACGCUGUGGGACGCCUGCCAGGCCAUGUGUCAGGUCAUGGGCCAGCUGGGGGUGGCUGUUGACGGGGGCAAGGAUUCUCUCAGCAUGGCUGCCAGGGUCGGCAAGGAGACGGUCAAAGCACCGGGGGCUCUGGUCAUCUCCGCCUACGCCGUGUGUCCUGACAUCACGGCCACAGUCACUCCCGAUCUAGAGGAUCCAGAUGGAAAAGGUGUUCUGCUGUGGGUGCCAGUCAUGGCCGGCCAGCAUCGUCUGGGAGGCUCUGCCCUGGCUCAGUGCUACAGCCAGCUGGGUGACUGCUCCCCCGACCUGGACCUGCCCGAGCUCCUCUCCGCCUGCUUCAACGCCACACAGACGCUGAUUCAAGAUCGUCUUCUGAGCGCGGGGCAUGACAUCAGCGACGGCGGCCUCAUCACCUGCUUGUUGGAGAUGGCGUUCGCUGGGAACCGCGGGCUGGACGUGGACUUCACCUCCGCUGGUGUCGGAGCCUUGGAGUUGCUGUUCAGCGAGGAGCUGGGUCUGGUUCUGGAGGUGUCGCAGGUGGAUCUGCAGGCAGUGUGUCAGCGGUACUCCGACGCAGGGCUUCACUGCCACCACAUCGGCAGAACCUGUGGUUUCGGACCAGAAGCUAAAGUCAGCGUUCGUGUUGAUGGAAAGGAGGUACUGAACGACAAGCUUCCGGAUCUCAGAGCCUUGUGGGAAGAAACAAGUUUCCAACUGGAGCGUCUUCAGACCAAUGAGCGCUGUGCUCGGCAAGAAGAGGAGGGGCUAAGCAAGCGGACACAGCCCUUCUUCAAACUGAACUUUGACCCCUCUGAAAGGCCCACCAUCAGCCACCUCUGUCAGCCCCGGGUGGCAGUGGUUCGAGAGGAGGGCAGUAAUGGAGACCGAGAAAUGGCAGUAUCUCUGCAUAUGGCAGGCUUUGAGGUCUGGGACGUGAACAUGCAGGACCUGUGUUCUGGUUCCCUGAGCCUGGAGCCCUUCAAAGCCGUGGUGUUCGUCGGCGGGUUCAGCUACGCCGACGUCUUGGGCUCGGCAAAGGGCUGGGCCGCCACGGUGGCCUACAACCCGCGGGCCAAGGCGGAGUUUGAGCGGUUCCGCAGCCGGCCAGACACGCUGAGCCUAGGGGUGUGCAACGGCUGCCAGCUGCUCGCCCUGCUGGGCUGGGUCGGAGAGGGGAAAGACGGGACAGGCUCCGAGGUGGUGCUGACCCACAACACCUCGGGGAGGUUCGAGUCCCGCUUCGUCAGCGUGGGGAUCCAGGCCUCCCCCUCCGUCUGGCUGAAGGGCAUGGAGGGGUCCGCCCUGGGAGUCUGGGUCGCGCACGGCGAAGGUCUGAUGCAGUUCUCCUCGCCCGAGGCCCAGAGCCAGGUCAUCUCGGGCGGGCUGGCCCCGCUGCGUUACCUUGACGACGGGGGCGCGCCCACGGAGGAGUACCCCCUGAACCCCAACGGCUCGCCCCAGGGCCUGGCGGGGCUGUGCUCCCGGGACGGGAGGCACCUCACCAUGAUGCCCCACCCCGAGCGCUGCACCCUCGGCUGGCAGUGGCCCUGGGCCCCCCGGGACCUCCGCGCCUCCCUCAGCCCAUCGCCAUGGCUACGCAUGUUCACCAAUGCCGCAGCCUGGUGCGGUAGCAGCUAAGCGCGCGCGGUGCCUGGAGCGUUGGUAGGGGUGUCGGGUGGUACCGUCGGCGUAUCGGCUGAGGGCACUGGUUUGUUCACCUUUAUUCACAGAGGGACGAGUGCUCCAGUGGUCCCAGAGAAGCGUUACGUCACAUGCUCAGUGUUAUGGAUAUGCAUGCCACAGAUAUCGUGUUGCAUACAAAUAUUUUUUUUUGUUUUGGGUUGGUCAUCUGUUGCAUUUCACUGUCUUGUAAACGGUUGAUGGUCUAAAAGUCAAGAUGUGUAAAAUUGAUGCUGACUACUGUUACUUUGCUAAACUUUUAGCUUUCUCAUAGCAUUAUUUAAUAAUGCCUAUCUGUGCCACAAGUAAUUUCAUAAAUAAUGGAUGGUUAGUCGUUUUCUUUUCUGUUUCUAUUCCUGUUACUUACACAUUCCAAAAGUUGUUGUUGAAAAGACACAGCUGAUAUGGCCGUGCUAUUAACAGCCUACAGUCUAUGUCUCUGUCCCUUGAUGAAUGUGAUUGGUUAUCAACCAUGCCGGUCAAUAAAUGAAUCAAUAAAUAUGAA